AUGGGUGCUAAGGAUUCUAAACGGAGUUGCUUGAGCUACGAUGAUGCCAUUAAACGAAUGUCUGAUGCAGAAUGCAAAAGAGUAUGUGCAGCAUUCAAAAGACUUACCAACGGCGGCCAACUCCUUAGUCGCCAUGCCUUUACUCAAAAUGUACUCGGAGAUGGCGUACCUAUAACCAUAGCCGAUUGGUUGUAUACCGGGUGCGGUGGCAGUACCAGAGGAAUAGCUCUUAGAGAUCUCCUCUGUGGUCUAGUUUUACUCACCAAAGGCACGCAAGAAGAAAAAAUUAAAUUCCUUUGGUCUCUCUAUUGCAGUGACUCGGUUACUCACAUUUCUAAAAAUGAAUUUAAAAGUGCUUUACAAAUUGAAGGUGGCUUUCCACCUUCGGAUAAGUCUCCAAAAGUGACAUCGUGGGAUCGAACUGUCAAUUCGUUAUUUAGUAAUCAAGAUAAAGUCAGUUUUGAAGACUUCAGAGCAUGGAUCAUAUACAACAAGGAAGCCACUGUUUUAUCGAAAUGGCUCCUUUCAAAUCCCUGUGUAUCUCUAAGUUCCGAACUGGAAACCCCAACAUUUUAUCAGACACUUGCCGGUGUUACUCAUCUGGAAGAACAGGAUAUAUGCGAAUUGGAAAAAUGUUUCUGGGCGUUACAAGCGUCCUCUUCUUCAUCAAACCUUGAUUUUAAUUGCUUAAAAUCUCGUGUAUGUCCUCCAGUACCUUUAAAGGCAUGUAGAGGGUUGUUUCUGGCUUUAGAUGUUAACAGAGAUGAUCAUGUUGAUUUUAAAGAACUGUGUUGUGGUAUUUCAGCUGCUUGUAGAGGACCGAUGGUAGAAAGAAUGAAAUUCUGUUUCAAAAUUUUCGAUAUGGAUCGAGAUCUUUACUUAAACACUGAGGAAGUUCAUCACAUGACCCAAACCCUCAUAUUAGUGGCGAACGAAAACAAAUUGACGUAUUUCCAACAAUUCUACACUGAAUCGCCAGCCAAAACGAAUUUGGCCACCGAAACGGACGUUAGCCAAAAGACGGAUAAUGGCAGUGGAAAUAUGCAUCACGAAAUAUUGGCGCGUCUACAGUCGAAAUUAGAUAAUAAAGGUGGUUUGACACAGGAGGAUUUUUUGGUAUGGAGCGUUGAGAAUAAUAGUCUGGUGGCACCUCUACUGGAAUUAUUGUUUCAAGUUUGUCAUGUAUCUUUGGGGCUUAGGCCGCAUUGCCGUCAUAAUGAAUAUGAAAUAGUGAUGGGUUGGCUAGAACGAGAACAAAGAAGAGGUUACCAUGUUGGACAAUUCUGGUAUCUAAUAUCGUCUGACUGGUGGCACCAGUGGUUGAAUUACACCUCGGCACCUCGUAACAACCUUGAUAUCUGUAACUGCCGAAACGAGAACAGACUUCCUAUUGAAGAAGGAAUAGCAUGCGAUGAAAGCCUUAUUAGCAAUACGACAGAUUAUACUUCAACGUCUAACGAUUAUAACUCAAAUAGCAUGGAGUCUAUGGGAGAUUUACUUACUAGAGGAGGCGACAGAUGCAGCAUAUCGUCCAGCUCUGGAGUUUCAAGCAGUUCAGGAACGGGAGGAAAAAGGAGUAUAGGCCAACCAGGUUCCAUUGACAAUUCCAGUUUAAUAGCAGAACCCAUGUGCAAAGUUCAGACAUUAACUGGCGAAGGAGGCCGACUGAAACGUGAUAUGCCUUUAGUCCAAAAUAGAGACUUUGAAUUGGUGCCUGAAUCUCUAUGGAAAGCUCUGUCUAUGUGGUACGGAGGUUUAAUACCGCUUCCGAGACAAGUUAUUUUACCACCAGGACGGACGGAAGUUGAAUUAGAAUUAUAUCCCAUAAAUUUAAAAAUUCUAAGACAUCAUGCUCAACAAAGGAUAAGCACUGCAUCGUGGAGUAGCGUUGUUGGAGGUUAUGGAGCAGCCGCUUUAAGUACCGCUGGUCUAACUUCGACUGUAAAUGCCGGAACUCGUCGGUAUUUGGCACACACGGCGGCUUUUUCCCGUCUUGCGACCAUCCAACAAGUCACCGAUUUCCUUUGUCACCGCCUUAACCUUAGACCAGAAGAUGCGAGACUUUGGUUGCUGCGAGAGCAUUCGGCGAGUCUCAUGGACGACGAAAAUGCUUCUCUGGAAGAAUUGGGUAUCAUGGACGCAGAUCAAGUGCUUUUAGAAGUUAGAAAUAAAGAUCUGACUUGGCCUGAGGAGUUGGGUCAAUUGGUAGCUGGUGGAGGACAUGAGGUCGGACUCAGUGUGGAGAGAAGGCCUACAAUUUGUCUUCCACCUGGUGCAACUGGGCUCCACAACUUGGGAAACACCUGUUUUAUGAAUGCGGCCCUUCAAGCAGUAUCCAAUACGAGACCGUUAACGCUAUAUUUCCAAAGAGAUAAUUUACUAUCAGAACUAAACCUUAGCAAUCCAUCGGGAUCCAAGGGACAAGUGGCCAGACGAUAUGCCGAACUUUGUCGAGAAUUAUGGGCCGGAUCUACAAGAAGUGUUGCGCCGCUUAAGUUGAGGUAUCUCGUUACCAAACAUUCUGCGAAUUUCCAGGAUGGUGGUCAGCAUGAUUCACAGGAGCUCUUAGCGUGGUUGUUGGAUGCUCUACACGAAGAUUUAAAUAGAGUAGCGAUAAAACAGUACACAGAACUGAAAGAUAGUAAUGGUAGACCAGAUGAAAUAGUUGCGGAAGAGGGUUGGCAACAACAUUUAUCCAGGGACCAUUCUAUUAUCACUGACCUAUUUUAUGGUCAGCUCAAAAGUAAGGUUACCUGUCAAACUUGUGGACACGAAUCGGUACGAUUCGAUAUCUUCAAUGUACUCAGUUUGCCUUUACCAAUGGAAAGUUAUACUCUUUGUGAAGUUGUAGUUGUAAGAUUAAAUGGUGAGUGUCCUAAUAAAUAUGGUAUGCGUCUCCAAUCAGAAGCCAAAUAUAUAGAAUUAAAAGAGCAGUUAUAUACCAUUUGCGGUAUUAAACCUGAAAGGCUGUUAGUAGCGGAAAUAGCUUCCAGUCAAAUAAGCAAUAUUCCAUCAGACGAAGCAAAGAUCAAUCCAACAACUGCUAUGGAACUUUACGCCUACGAAUUACCAGAGACCAUUAAAGUGAUACCCAAAGCAGAAAUCGAUAUUGAGCCGGAGGUGGAGAUGGAUAUAUGUGAUAGUCCACUGGCAAGAAGUCCCGAGGUAAGCCAUGGUUCGGCCCUAUGCAUGCCCAACAUUCUAUGCUUCAAGAACAUCAGAUCUAAACAGGAUAAUUUGGAACCUAGGAAAACCAAUAAUUCAUUUAAAAAAUCUUCGAUAUCUGUACAUUCCAAUACUUCUACUGCCUCAGCCACAUCAGACUCCAACCAAAAGUGUCCUUCUUAUCUCAUAGCUGUACAUAGGAAGUAUGUAAGACAAGAAACUUACUUCUUAUCUCAACAAAAGAGCAAACCCAGUCUAUUUGGGCUGCCCAUACUAUUAGGUUUUAAUGAAAACAGCACGUGUCAAAGCCUCUACGAAGGUGUUUGGAGUCAAGUAACCAGGUUACUGAGCCCUUUACCUCAAAGCGACCAACCAAACCAUGCAACUGACUGUGAUGACUCUCUAGGCUACGAAUUCCCAUUCUCGCUAAAGGCCGUUCUUCAGGGUGGUCAGAUAUGCGCUAUUUGCCAUUGGACCCAAUUCUGUAGGGGUUGUUUAAUUCCUUUAUCUGAUGAACUCCUCGUGAGCAUUUGCAGAACUAGCUUAAAUAUUGGCAUGUGUGUUUCUAUUGAUUGGGAUCCAACUGCUUUGCAUCUGCGUUAUCAGACCUGCAGAGAAAAGAUGUGGUCAGAACACGAGUCAGUAACAACUUGUAGAAAAUUACAUGCAGAACCUAUCGAUUUGGACUACUGCCUGAGAGCCUUCACCUCGGAAGAAAGAUUAGAAGCUAAAUACCACUGUAGUAGCUGUCAAGACCUUCAACCGGCCACCAAAAAAAUGCAGAUAUGGAGGUUACCCCCAAUACUCAUAAUUCACCUAAAGCGCUUCGUUUACGUCAACAAAAAAUGGGUUAAAACUCAAAAAGUCGUCAAUUUCCCCUUCAAAAAUUUCGAUCCCACGUCAUACCUUGCUUCGGUUCCGCAAGAAACUAUUCUCAGGCAUAAACAGUUGCUUGAGAAGAAAAAUGAAGAUUUAGAUAAAUCCACUGACAGUCAACCGGACCGAAUACUUGAAGAGAACGAAGACUCUGGAGUAGAAAGAGAUUCAAAAUGCAAUGUUGAAGAUACAUGCAAAGGUGACUGUGUUAGGAAUUCUAACGUUCCUUUAGAAAGCUGUAAAUUGCUCAAUGACACUGAUAAAGGGUUUGCUACAAAGGGAAAUAAAGUAGGAGAUAAAGUGACCAAAGUUAGGGCAAGAUUAGAAUCAACAAGCUUAUUGAAAACGCCUAUAAUUGACGAGCAUCUAAAGGAUUACCAUAAUCAUCAGUUGCUACCUGGACAGGAUCCUUUCGAUCUUAAGUAUCAACUAUAUGCCGCAGUGUGUCAUUCUGGAAUGCUCAAUGGUGGCCACUAUAUAUCCUAUGCAUGUAACCCUAACGGUCACUGGUACUGUUACAACGACAGUUCCUGCCGCGAGGUACUCCCUGACCCCGAAGUCAAUUGCAAUAAAUCUACCCUCUCUGUCAACUCAAGGACCUCGUCGUGUACCCCUUUAACCAAACGGAAAAACCUUCGAAAGCUUAGUGCAGGAAGUACAGCGUCCGAAGACCUUGACAAAAAGGAAAAAGACACGAAUACCGGUUCAACGGAAACUCUCAAUAGCUCUAGGUCGAAUUCCGUCAGUUCUGUCGAUAAACUGGGGACGAACUUAGAAAAUAUCAAUGAGAAAUUACUGAAGGAGUCCCCUUAUAGCAGUAGGAAAUCAUUAAAUUUUAACUGUCCAUAUAGGGACGUCAAAGUGCCGAAAAUUGAUACCAGUACGGCUUAUAUUCUAUUUUAUGAGAGGUCUGGUCUGGAUUAUCAACCAUAUCUACCCAAGGUAAUUCCCAAUGGUAAGCAAGUGCCUAUCGAAGACCUGGAUGAAAAUGAGUCUGACUUAAGAAAACAAAUGUGCGCGAUACAGUAA